UAAUAACUUUUCUUUUUUCUAAAUCUUGGAGAUUAAGGAAGGGUUAAUUGUUAUAUUUUAUUAUAUUUAUGUUUAAAAAGAAAGGCUUUUGUUUGUCUCGUCCUGUUUCUAGGUAUUUUGCUGGAAAAGGGCCAGAACAAGCUGAAUCAGAGGAUGAAAGUGAUCACGAAAUUGGAUUGGAAAAUAAAACCGAUAUAUCAUCUUUUCAUGAACGAGUAGUUUUUAAAGCACAUGCUCCUGUUUUAGAUUUUCAAAAAAUUGAUAUCCAUGAAAAAUUGAAUUUAGAUGAAUCGCAAUUAGUAGAUUCUUGUGAAAUUAGGCAAAAUGUUUCAGAAAAUUUAGAAUCCUCUGAUGAGGUAACUGAAUACGAAACUGAAGAAAUAGAGAAAUCAGAAGAUGAUUUACCGAAAAUUCGACUAAAGCCUAUUUUUGUUCCAAAAUAUGAGAGAGAGAAAUAUGUUGGUAUGGAUCACUUCGAGUUUGAAAAACAAAAAAUUGUUGAGGAAGAGAAACGUAAAGAAGAAACACGAAUACUUUUAGAAGAAGAAAUUCGGAAAGAUGAAUAUAAACAUUCAUCUGAUUAUGAUGAUGGUGUAGAUGUCGAUGAUACUGAUGAUUUAUGUCCAGAAUCAGAAAGAGCUGCUUGGAAAUUACGUGAGUUGUGUCGUAUAAAACGAGAGAAAAUGUUUUUUGAGGAAAAAGAAAGAGAACGUGAAGAAAUAGAAAGGCGAAGAAAUAUGGAUGAAGAGGAAAGACUAAAAGAGGACUUGUCUCGUGUGAAAGAAUUAAAAGAAAACCAGCCAAAAUCUAAAAUGAGGUUUUUACAAAAAUGGUAUCAUCGUGGUGCAUUUUAUCAGGAUGAAGAAAUUUUGAAAAGAGAUUAUUCUGUUCCUGUUAUGGACGAAAUAUCUGAUAAAACAUUGCUUCCAAAUACAAUGCAAGUUCGUGGUGAUAAAUUUGGUAAACGGGGUCAAACGAGAUACACUCAUUUGGUAGAUCAGGACACAAGUACAAAAGAUUCUCCUUGGUUUGAUAAAAAUAUAAAUAAACGAAUUUUGCCCGGUACAGAUGACUAUAAUAGGAAAAGAAGGAAGUUCUAA